GAAGAAUUUCUUCGAGAAGGGUGACACAGUCUUCGUGGCCGGUGCUUUUGCCACGUACCUGCACGUGACAGCAACAGGCACCUAUGACUAUGCAGAUCGAUUGGGCAAGACCGCAUCCUUGAAGGGGACGUACUGGUUUGGUGAGCUCAGCUUGUUCGCAGAGUGGAGCAUCCAUCAGAGCACUCUGACCGCAACUUCCUUUGCCGAAACCUUCGUUUUGAAGGGGGAAGACGUUGUCGAAUGCAUCAAAAGCUCAAGGGGCUGCACAUCAAUGUUCUGCGAGUAUGCGAAAGAUUUUGUUGCGGCGAUGCAGAAGACGUCUUCGAAGCAUGACGAUGAGGACCAAGUUCAACAAGGAGAAGUGUGCUGCAAGCAGAACCAGCAUUUUCGAGCAAUGUACCCGGAUCUCAAGAAGAAAUUCGAGAACAUCAUCGUAUACGGAGAAGAUGCUGAUGCCGUGAUACAGGCGGACAGCCAUACGGAGACGGAUAGCGAGGUUGUCACGAGGAAAUCGUCCUUAGCCUCAAAGACUCUCUGCCGACUAAACUCUGACU